UGGCGGAUUUCACUUCCGAUGACGAUUCUGAAGACGCCUGCUGCAUCUGCCUCGACCCCUUCACCUCCCACAACCCUCCCACUGUUACCUGUUGCAAGCAUGAAUAUCAUCUCCAAUGUAUUCUUGAUUGGUCUCAAAGAAGCAAUGAAUGCCCAAUAUGUUGCCAGUUGCUAGUGUUGAAGGAUCCUGUUGGCCAGGAGCUUAUAAUGGCCAUGGCUAGUGAAAGGAUUUUAAAGUCAAGAAGCAUGUCUUCUGCUGCAUCCACUUCUCUGCGAUUCCAUGAAAACUUUGAUGUUGACCACGACUCCUCUCACUCGGAUGACUCUGACUUUGAUGACCUGAUUAUGCAGCAUCUUGCUGCUGCAGCUAGCAGAGCUCGGUAUGUUCAUAGAAGCGAGAGGCAAAGGCAUUUUGUAUCUCCAGAAGGGGUUCCCCAGCAAACAUGCCCAUUGUCGCCUCGAUAUCAGGAUCCAACUCUAAGUUCACCUAUUAGUGAUUCACCAUCUCCUGGUUCCAUAUCUGAGUUUCAUGUUCAAGCUUUGUCAUCUGUGGGCCUCCAUGAUGGCAAUGAGUUCUCAAGAACUGGAACUAAUAAAAUAUCGCCCAGGGCUUUACUGACUGAGACGUCAUCUGGUAGUCAACAGAAAACAAACCAAUCUGAGGGGCUCUCUUUCCCUGAUUCCAUCAAAUCCAAAAUUUCUUCUACUUCCACGAAGUCAGUGUACAAGGAAUCAAUCUGGCGAAGCACUAAAGGUAUUAAGGAGAAACUGCUUGCUCGUAACAGCUCCGUGAAGGAUCUAAGCAGAGGUGUAAAGCGCGAAGUGAGUGCCGGGAUUGCUGGUGUUGCUCGAAUGUUUGAGCGUCUAGAUUUGACUUCAAAAAGGAAUGCUGCAUCUGUUGCUCUUUUCAGUUGCAAUGGGGGUACAUCAAAAUCCUCGAAAGGAAAGAACGUAGUGCAAGAGAGUGCUGUCACAGAUGAUUCAAAUAAAAUACAUAGAAUCUGUACUGGUUCACCCUCAUCACAGGUUUCCCCUACUGUUCCAAGCUCAGUCGAAGUUUCUCCUUCUCAGAGAGGAGAUUGAUUUGUGGAUGUUAUGAUUUGACUCAUCUAAGUGAACAUCUUAUCAACUCGACUCGGCAGAAUGCAUACUAUGGCAAGCGACGUAGAAUGACUUAACCAACAUCCUCGUUGGUUUGCGUCCUGCAUUUUCUUUUUUCUUCUUCAAUAUAUAAAUAACUCUAGCUCUACUAAUGAAAAAGGCGUAAUUUUCGAGUAUUUCGAAAUAUAUUUUAUGUAAUGUUGAUGUUGUGCUUCAUGAUACUCUAUUUAUAUGUGGAUGAGUUUCUUUCUAUC